AUGUUCAACGCAGCCUCACUCCUCUCCGCCCUCGUUCUCGCGCUUAACGUCGCGGCGAGCCCCGUCGAAAUCCGGGCUCCGCCUGUGACGCUCCCCUUCUCGAAGCGCGUCAACUCGACCGGGCUGCUCAACCUUCUGGAGAACGACCUUGCUCGUGCUCGUGCUCUUCGUGCUCAUGCAGAGGCAAAGACGUCAGGCAAACGUGCCGUCGUCUCCUUCCCGGUUACAAACGAGGUUGUAUCGUACAUCGCUUCGGUUGGAGUUGGUUCCCCUGCAACUCAGUACGACCUCAUCGUCGACACCGGCUCGUCCAACACGUGGGUCGGCGCCACCAAGGCUUACGUUAGGACCAGCACGAGCACGCAGACAAACCAGCGUGUCUCCGUUACCUAUGGCUCCGGCUCUUUCUCUGGUAACGAAUUUACCGACCAGGUGACCCUGGCUUCCGGCUUGGUCAUUCCCAGCCAGUCCAUCGGCGUUGCAACCCGUAGCACCGGCUUCGAGGGUGUGGAUGGUAUUCUUGGUGUCGGCCCAGUUGACCUCACGGAAGACACCCUGUCCCCCGGUACCACCACCACCAUCCCGACCGUCACCGAUAACCUUUUCAACCAGGGAACGAUCACUGCACGUGAAUUGGGCGUCUUCUUUGCGCCUACUAACACAGAAGAAUCGACCAAUGGAGAGUUGACAUUCGGAGGCGUGGAUAACAGCAAGAUCACUGGCACUGUUGCCUUCACCCCCCUUACCAACACAUCCCCCGCCAACGAAUUCUGGGGCAUUAAUGAGUCAAUCCGUUAUGGUACUUCCACUACCAUCAUGCCCACCACUGCUGGCAUCGUCGACACUGGCACCACCCUGACUCUUCUCCCGACUGAUGCAUUUGCUCGCUAUCAGUCCGCGACGGGCGCCGUGCUCGAUCGUAACACUGGUCUCCUUCGUCUCACGACCACGCAGUUCGCAAACUUGCAGCCCUUGACCUUCACUACCAGUGGUGGCAGUUUCACGCUUACUGCUAACGCCCAGGCAUGGCCUCGUGCCCUCAACACGGAUAUCGGCGGCACAGCGGGCAACGUGUACCUCAUCGUCAACUCCAUUGGCACGCCCUCCGGCGAGGGGUUGGACUUCAUCAACGGUCAGACUUUCCUCGAGCGCUUUUACAGCGUCUUCGACACGACCAACCGUCGCAUCGGCUUUGCGACGACCGCGCAGACCAACGCCAACACGAACUAA